GUGGCUCGAGUUAUAAAAGGGGCAGGCUCUCCUGGCUGUUUAGUCUUGCCAAUUCCGCCCCGCAAACCAUCCCACAGUCCCAUAACGACCCGCCGACGCCGCCAUGGCCAAGGGAUUCGCAGUGUGCGCGGCGCUGUGCGCCCUGGUGCACGUCCUGUCAGCCGCCGUGCUGCCGGAGCAGCCGCAGCUGCUGACGCAGAAGGAGCAGGUGCGGAAGUACUUCGCCCACCUGCAGCCCGAGAUCGACGAGUGGCGCCGCCUCGGACACCCCACCACGGCCGCCUUCCACCACAAGGACGGCGUGGCCGAGAUUGGCUACCUCAUCGAGAUGCCCGAAAAGGUCUCGCUGCACGCCACCAACUACGCCAGCAACGUGUUCUUCUAUCUGUUCUCCAGGGAGAACCCGAACGGCACUUUGGUUGCGCCGAACGCCCAGGCCUUCACGCUUGCGGGCUUUAACCCGAAGAGGCCCACCAAGGUAGUCAUCCACGGCUUCAGCAACACCAUCGAGAGCCCUCUGUUCACUGAAAUGCUGCCCGGCAUUUUGGAGAACACGGACUGCAACUUGAUUGGAGUCGACUGGGGCAACCUGGCCAAGGCACCCUUCUAUAUCGAGGCGCGCAACCACGCCACCGGCGUGGGCAAGAUCGUGGCCAAGCUGGUGGACGCCCUGGAGCAGGACGGCGGGCUGCAGCUCGAGGACCUCCACCUCAUCGGCCACAGCCUGGGCGCCCACGUCGCGGGCUGCACCGGCAAGGACUUGAAGAGCAAGAACAAGAUCGGUCGCAUCACAGGGUUGGACCCCGCCAUGCCGCUGUACCUGCUGCUCAAGAGUGACCGCCUCAACAAGAACGACGCCAAGCUGGUGGACGUGAUCCACACCUGCGGCGGGCGGCUGGGCCUCGCGGAGGCCAUCGGCCACGUCGACUUCUACCCCAACGGCGGCCACCUGCCCCAGCCCGGCUGCGGCCUCGACAUCUUGGGCGCCUGCAGCCACGGCCGGUCCUGGCAGUUCAUGGCCGAGUCCGCCGUCGAGGUCGGCGCCUUCCCCGCCAGCGAGUGCGACACGCAGAACGACGCCAAGAACGGCAAGUGCACCAACAAGACCGACGGCAACAUGGGGCUCAACCUCGAGUACAACGAGGACGGCACCGGCAAGUACUACUUGAAGACUGCGAGCUCCGCGCCCUUCGACCUGUCUGCCCACAGCCGGGCGGAGCAGAGCUAGAACGCUAGACCGACGAUGAGUCAAGCCCAAGGCUUUGAGGCAGGCCCUCAGGUCGCACUGUACAUUUGUAACAUACCCUUAGGCUAUAAAGGACCCGCGCAGGGACCGUUAUUGUGAAAUGUGUAAAUACUGUGCAAUUUAUUAUUUUUUUACCUCUUUUUGAAAUGUUGCGUGAAAUGUGUACCUGGUUACACUGAUAGUGUGAUGCCAAUAAAGACUUGAGCGAUGAAUAAAA